ACUCCGACCAUUUUCCUUCUCACCAUGGCGCAACUCAGAUCUUUUACUUAUUCCUUUACUUAUCUCUUUUCAGUUUCUCUCUUAAUCUUCAUAUUCCAUUGCUUAUGUUUUCGUUUUUCACUUGUUGCAGCUUGUUCAAACUCCACCGAAGAUCAACACCAUCACCACCGGAAAUGGGUGGGUCCCUCAGGUCACAAAGUCAUCACCGUCUCACUUGACGGCCACUCUCAGUUUCGUUCCGUCCAAGACGCUGUGGACUCCAUACCAAAGAACAAUAACAUGAGUACCGUUAUCAAGAUUGCUCCAGGAUUUUACCGAGAGAAAGUGGUGGUUCCAGCGACAAAACCGUACAUAACGUUUAAAGGAGCGGGUCGGGACGUGACGGUUAUAGAGUGGCACGACCGUGCCUCCGACCGUGGUCCUGACGGUCAACAGUUACGUACUUACCAAACAGCUUCCGUCACAGUCUUUGCUAAUUAUUUCUCCGCUAGAAACAUUACCUUCACGAAUACUGCGCCGGCACCAAUGCCGGGGAUGCAAGGGUGGCAGGCGGUGGCAUUUAGGAUCUCUGGCGACAAAGCUUAUUUUUCCGGCUGUGGAUUUUACGGUGCACAAGACACUUUAUGCGACGACGCAGGCCGUCACUACUUCAAGGAGUGUUACAUCGAAGGCUCUAUCGACUUUAUCUUCGGUAAUGGCCGCUCCAUGUAUAAAGACUGUGAGUUGCAUUCGAUAGCGUCAAGGUUCGGGUCGAUAGCGGCGCACGGGAGGACAUGCCCGGAGGAGAAAACGGGUUUCACGUUCGUAGGUUGUCGGGUAACGGGGACGGGUCCUUUAUACGUGGGCCGGGCCAUGGGACAAUACUCACGCAUCGUCUACGCCUACACCUACUUCGAUGCUCUUGUUGCUCACGGUGGCUGGGACGAUUGGGACCAUAAGUCCAAUAAAAGCAAGACGGCGUUUUUCGGAGUGUACAAUUGCUACGGGCCAGGAGCAGCAGCGACGACAGGCGUAUCAUGGGCCAGAGCUUUGGACUACGAGUCUGCCCAUCCUUUUAUAGCUAAGAGCUUCGUAAAUGGGAGACAUUGGAUUGCUCCUCGAGAUGCAUAACCAACAUCAAAUGCUUUUCCACUUACUUACCCUUUACUACACUUUGUUCUCAUUCUUUACAUGGCUUAGUUAUCAUUCGUUUAUUCAUUUCAUUAUUGUGAUUCAUUUGUAAUACAUGUCCGAGAUUCUUGUCAAAAUGUGUAAACUUAUAUUUAUAAAGAAAUCAAUAUGUACUAGCAAAAAUAUUGGAGUAC